CGUUGUGACUGCAUGAGAGAAUAAGGGCAGGAUCAGGAUCUACAGAGGGAAUACCAACUGUCAGGACAUGGAUCUUAGAGGACAUGGAUCGCCUUUCCACAAGGUGUUUCUACAUUUCUUGCUGCUCACUAAGUUCCUUCUGCCUUCUGGCACAUUGAGUAUACCCAACUUCAUCAAGUCCCCAGAUGAUCAGACAGGGAUCUAUGGAGGUGUUGCUUCAUUCAUUUGUCAGGCUACAGGUGACCCUAAACCUCUUAUUACCUGGAUGAAAAAAGGGAAGAAAGUCAACUCUCCGCGCUUCGAGGUCAAAGAGUUUGAUGACAAGUCAGGCUCAGUACUGCGUAUUCAGCCGUUGAGAACCAAUCGUGAUGAGGCCAUCUAUGAAUGCACAGCCACCAACAGUGCUGGAGAGAUCUCUGCACCUGCCAAGCUUAUUGUCUUAGAGGAGGACCAGAUACCUGCUGGUUUCCCCAACAUAGACAUGGGACCCCAGCUGAAGGUUGUGGAACGAACAAAUACAGCUACGAUGCUGUGUGCAGCCAGUGGAAACCCAGACCCUGAGAUUUUCUGGUUUAAAGAUAUGUUGCCUGUGGACAUCAGCAGCAGUAAUGGGAGGAUAAAACAGCUGCGGUCAGGUGAAGUAGUCUUUUCAACUUAUUCAUGCACAUUUUCAUAUUGUAAUUUAUCAAAAAGGGGAUUUAGCUGCAGCUUUGAUGAGUGUUUAGUGAUUUUAAAAUGCUCUGUGGUAAGACCGACCUUUCUCUCAACACAGCUGAUGGUAAAAUAGAGGAGACACAACGAUUACAGCACCAGACUUAAUUAAAGUCUACGGAAUUAUUUGAUGUGAGCAUCAGCAUGUAAAAUUCAGCUUGACUUUAAGCAGAACUCACAAUUUCAUCAAGGGGUUUCUUUCUCAGGCAUGAGGUAAAUGUUACACAAAUUUAUUUAAUAAGAAAAUAAAUCUUCAACCACUUAAUAUGGAGGGUUUUUUUUUAGCAACAAUAGAUUUAUUUAAAAAACCAUAAUGCAAAAAAAUAAUUAUAGUUAUUCUGAUAAAUAGCAGAUCAGUAGCCAAAAUCCCUCAAGAAUAAUAUAAGGUUAUAUUUAAAUCACUCAAAUGAUGUCAGCACGAAAAAUAAAUAAAUAAAUAAAUAA